GUCCUGCGGCCGCCGCCGCGCGCGGAGCCGGGGCCAUGAGCGUGGGCUUCAUCGGCGCGGGCCAGCUGGCCUGUGCGCUGGCGCGGGGCUUCACGGCCGCAGGCAUCCUGUCGGCUCACAAAAUAAUAGCCAGCUCCCCAGAAAUGGAUCUGCCCACUGUGUCCUCGCUCAGGAAAAUGGGUGUGAACCUGACCCGGAGCAACAAGGAGACAGUGAAGCACAGUGAUGUCCUGUUCCUGGCUGUGAAGCCGCACAUCAUCCCCUUCAUCCUGGAUGAGAUUGGGGCUGACGUCCAGGCCAGGCAUAUCGUGGUCUCGUGUGCCGCCGGUGUCACCAUCAGCUCUGUGGAGAAGAAGCUGAUGGCGUUCCAGCCAGCCCCCAAAGUGAUUCGCUGCAUGACCAACACACCUGUGGUCGUGCGGGAGGGUGCCACCGUGUAUGCCACAGGCACGCAUGCCCUAGUGGAAGAUGGACAGCUCCUGGAGCAGCUCAUGAGCAGCGUGGGCUUCUGCACAGAAGUGGAGGAGGACCUGAUUGACGCCGUCACAGGGCUCAGUGGUAGUGGGCCUGCCUAUGCAUUCAUGGCCUUGGAUGCACUGGCUGAUGGAGGAGUGAAGAUGGGCCUACCUCGGCGCUUGGCUGUCCGACUGGGGGCCCAGGCCUUGCUGGGGGCUGCCAAGAUGCUGCUAGACUCGGAGCAGCAUCCAGGACAGCUCAAGGACAAUGUCUGCUCUCCAGGAGGGGCCACCAUCCAUGCCCUGCACUUCCUGGAGAGUGGGGGCUUCCGCUCUCUGCUCAUCAAUGCAGUUGAGGCUUCCUGCAUCCGAACAAGAGAGCUGCAGUCCAUGGCUGACCAGGAAAAGAUCUCUCCAGCUGCCCUCAAGAAGACCCUCCUGGACAGAGUGAAACUGGAAUCCCCCACGGUGUCCACAAUGACCCCCUCCAGCCCAGGGAUGCUCCUCACAAGAAAUCCAGCCCCGGAAAGCAAGAAGGACUAAGGCACCUGUGCCCUUCUCUAUGACCAGAGCCCUUGACUGAGGGGCUGCGCAGGGAGAUGGCAGGCUCAGGUGGUGUUCGGGUCCUUGUGAUAAAAUCUUAAAUCUGUUCAGACCAAGACUACCAGUUUCCUCUGAUUCAUGGUGGAAGGUGCUAUGAGGGGAUGUCAGUGCCGUCAGCCAGACAGCCCUGCACAGCUCCCGCUGUAGGAGGAGGGAGAGACAGGGUGGUCUGGGGAAGUCCCCAACUGGAACCCAAAGCAGGGCAGUUUGAUGCCAACUGAAGGAGGUGAGAGGCACAAAACCUGACAAUAAUAAUAAAUUAUUUUAAUACAUGGAAAAGAAACAAGCAGCUUAGAGCCGUCACAAUCAGAAAUACAUGAAAUGAGAUGAUGCUUGUAUUUAACUCUUGUUUUGUAGGUGUACUGUUUAAAAUGUGUUAUUCAGUGCUGCAAAAUUUAGCUCCUUGAAUAAAGUUUUAAUUUUUUUCUAAAUGC